AUGCACCAAUUACUCAUUUUCAUUCUGCUAGCUGCUCUGGCUCUCGCCAAGCAAGUUCCCAGCCCUCUCGGGUCUCUGGAUGUCACCAGAGCCUCCGACGGAGGCAAGAAGGGAACCACUAACGAUGUCUGGAACAUGAACUUCUCCUUUUCUCUCAAGCCUUUCGCUGACAACAUCCAGCCUGGAGACUAUUUCAAGUUCACAGUUGAUGACAAGCUCAGCUUUGGACUAAACAACUUCAACUUCGAUGUUAAGGACGCUGACGGAAACGUCAUUCUCAAGAUCACAAACAACGGACCAGUCUUCACCGGUACCUACACAGACUACGUGGCCACCAAGAACGACGCCAUUUCAGGUGCCGUCGACAUUCAGACGCUUUUCGACGCCAACAAGAUCAAGACUACAGGUCCCACCACCGUAACAGUUACUCCUCAGGUUGGUGGCCCCACACUCAAAGACACUGUCACUCUUCUGGGUACUACAAACCCGGAUAAUGCCCUCAAGUGGGGAGAGUUGAACGGCUGUUGUCUUGUUCUCUGGCAUCUUCGACUUCCCACUUCGCCCUACAACCGGGCUGAGAUCACUGACACAAGAUCCGAUGGCAACACCGAAUUUUUCGACCAGGGCACCCUCAUGGCCAAUACCCGUCUGAUUUUUAGGUACAACCUCAAUGAUAUGGGUGGCUUCUCCAAGCAGGAAUGGGUCCUGGGUUCAAACGUGGCCAAGUACCUUACCUACACCUCGGUGACACCCAAGCAGUUCACUGCCCGCCUGGAAAACAUUCCCGACAAUGUUUCUGUGGAGAUUCAAUACUUUUCACGAAUCACCAACCAGGCUUCCCUCUACAAGAACUCUUACUCAUACGUUCUGUAUGACAAGCCUCCUGGCGGUACUGGAGGAAAUGAAUGGACACGACGAGGAAACGGAGGUGGAUAUGCCACCAACCAGCAGCCUGGAAGCAACAUCCCCAGCCUCAACGGAGGAGGAUCUGGAUCUGGAUCUGAAAGAUCCACCACUUCAUCCAAGCCUACUUCGACUAGUGUGAAGACAACGAGUACAACUCCCACUGUGACUGCUACUCCCACAACUAGUACUUCAUCAACGAGCGCCACCCCUACCACAAGCACCACACCUACCACGUCGGCCACUCCCCCUGCCGCUACGACUCCAAACACAAGCUCAACCCCUACAACCAGCUCUGAUCUCAUCACCUCUUCAGUGUUUGAGUCUUCUACCGGGUCCAUUCCUCAGAGCAUAUCUUCCGUCGAGUCUUCUGUGGAGCCGUCAUCUACUGGGCCCAUUUCUGAAAGUACACCAGUGGGGCCCUCUUCUUCUGUUGAGUCGUCUCCAUCGGUUGAGCCUUCUUCUGAAUCUUCUGUGGGGCCCUCUACAAACGAGCCUAUUCCCGAGACAACUUCUGAGGUCCCUUCUUCAGUCGAGACUGUUGAAUCUACCCCUGAAUCCACCACCGAGGCUUCUACGGAGUCGGUGGAGCCUUCCUCCACAGAGUCAUCUACAGAUCCCGUUCCCGAGUCUACCACCGUUUCCGUUACGUCAGACCCUACCUCGGAACCCUUUCCGGAGACCACUUCAAGUGAUCCUGAGAUUGCUCAGAACGAUUCUUCGACCGUCGGACCCUCCACCACCGAGGAGUAUUCAGUCGAGCCCACUCCUGAUUCCACCUCUGAGGCUCCCCAAUCGGCCUCUGGGACUUCUGAAUCGUCUACUGAGUACACUUCGGAAGCAGUCACUCCAUUUCCUACUCCUUCGUCUGAGACUACUUUCAUCAACUCAACUACGAGUGAACCAGGCACCACUGAGUCCCUCUCUACCUCCGAGUUGUCUACAGAGGCCACAGUGGAGCCUUCCACGGAGUCCACUUCGGAAGCUGUCACUCCCUUGCCUACUCCUUCGUCAGAGACUAGCUUCAUCAACUCGACUACGAGUGAGCUAGGUGCCUCUGAGUCUACAUCGGAAACUGCAACUCCCCUACCUACUCCUUCGUCAGAGACUAGCUUCAUCAACUCGACUACCAGUGAGCUAGGUAGCACAGGUUCCACUCCAGAAACUGUCACUCCCUUGCCUACUCCCUCGUCAGAGACUAGCUUCAUCAACUCGACUACGAGUGAGCUAGGUGCCUCUGAGUCUACAUCGGAAACUGCGACUCCCCUACCUACUCCUUCGUCAGAGACUAGCUUCAUCAACUCGACUACCAGUGAGCUAGGUAGCACAGGUUCCACUUCGGAAGCUGUCACUCCCUUGCCUACUCCCUCGUCAGAGACUAGCUUCAUCAACUCGACCACCAGUGAGCUAGGUACAACGGAGUCCACUUCGGAGGCUGUCACUUCCCUGCCUACCCCCUCGUCUGAGACUACUUUCAUCAACUCGACUACGAGUGCGCUAGGUACCACUGAAUCCACAUCCGAAACUGCAACUCCCUUGCCAACCUCCUCGUCAGAAACGGAUUUCGCCAAUUCGACUACCAGCGAGCCAGUUAUCACUACGUCUCCUCCCACCUCAGAGUCUCCCGUGACUACCGAUUCUCCUUCGACGGCGAGCAAUGAGUCUGUGAUUCUUGAUGGUUCUCUUACUUCCGUAGGGUUCCCCAACAGCACUACCGUUGUCUCUCAGAAUUCGACCACUGAGCUCGAGUCUUUCACCGAGUCCUCUGUUGCGUCUUACAUUACUGGGACUUCGGCUGAGCCUACUCCCGAGUCGUCUUCUGUAGAUCCCUCUAGUACUGAAGCCGAGUUUUCUUCCGUCGGGCUGACCCCUGAGGCAUCUUCUAUCAAGGAGUCUUCUUCGGCGACAUCUUCGGUGGAGCCUACUACUGAGCCUACAACCUCUACUACUGAGCCCCCCGCCGUGUUAUCCAGCGUGCCGAUUUCAACCUCGAUGAAUGUUACAUUCCAGUCUUCUUCAAGCUCAUCCGUUGCAGUGACUUCCCAGGAGGAAUCAUCUACCAUUUCUUCUGCCGAACCCACCACCACAACUGGUCCCGUAUUCUGCGAGCGAGAUGGUAACGAUGAUGGCUGCAUUAUUCUUUCAGCUUCUAGCUCUAAGUCGUCCAGCGAUGUUUCUUCGGAGACUCCUAGGGCUACCACUGCUUCCGUGUCUUCAGAGUCCUCUGGAACUGCUUCCACUGACCCUGCUGUCCCUACCACGGAAUCUUCGGUCGAGGCCCCUUCUUCAAUCGAUACUUCUGUCCAGCCUACUUCAAUGGAGACUCAAACACUGUCCUCUGAGACUUCCCAGUCUGCCACAGCCACUGAGUCUUCUACUCCUCUGACAACUGAUUCAGCCUCAUCUACUCACGUUUCAAGCUCUUCCUUUGCUACCCCGAACGUGAACAGCUCUGCUAUUUCAGUUACUGAGUCUACCGAGUCUGCAACCGCCUCUGUCACUGAUUCUACAGCCACCACAGCGGUUGUUGUAACCACCAUAGAGCCUUCCAGUGCCUCUGCAGUUUCUUCAGAGUCUGCCUCUGCGUCGCUCACUUCCUCGGUACUGGCCACCCAAUCUGAUUUCAACUCUACCUCCAAGUCUGUAGCCUUUGCUACCACUUCGACUUUGGUUUCAGAGUCUGUUACUCAGUCUCUGACUUCCAAAUCAACUCAGUCUUCCGUGCCAGUCUCCCAGUUCUCUCAGCACGUCUCUAACUCGACCAUCUCAGACUCCUCUGUCAUUUCUGGAACCGCCUCAGUGCCUGAGUCUGCUGCUAAGUAUACCACCACCGAUUUCUCGAACACCAUUGGCUCUGGUACAGUGACUGAAUCAAGAAUAGUGUCUGAUAAUGCUUCUAGAUCGGACGCUGCCACUGCUUCGGGUUCCAGCGUUGCUUUUUCGGGGACUGUGACUGAGGCCUCAUCCACAUUCUCCGAGUCUGGUCUUGCUUCGAAUACCCGGCCUGCUCCCAUCGUCACAACUCUGACUCAGACUGUCACUGCUUGCAGCAACAACCAGUGCUCGAAGACCACUGUCACCGUGACUACGGCAGUCCCCACCAACCAUGCUACCAUCACUAAGCAGACUGUGAUUGACGGCAACACCAUGACUGUGUCUGUUCCUGUUGAGAGUGGCUCUGGUAAUGGUUCAGAUGAGACUGAAUCGUUGUCCUAUCUUAACCCAUCUCUCACCACCACUCUCACCCAGAACGUUACUGCUUGUGACCAGGAAAACUGCACGGAGAUUCCAAUGACCAUCACUACGGUGGUUCCCACCAAUGCAGCUUCUACUACCAUUCAGACCGUCAUUGAGGGGUACACCGUGACUGUCGUUGUUCCUUGUGACUCGGUUGCCUCUGAGGGGGCUACGGAAGCAGUUACGCCUGUUUCAACUGUGACUGUUUCUGAGUCUCGUGCUACUGGAACAGUCUCCGAACCUUCUGUUCAGUCUUUGGUUCAACCUUAUGCUCCCAGAUCUGGUUACCAGUCUUCUGAUGAUGCUUUUACACACUCUGUGCCCGCUCACUUUUCUUCUGAGUCUUCUAAAUUGGCCCAGCCGUCGCAAGCUACUGUAACGGUUGCCACUUCUGGCUCAGCUGCCAGCUCUGUUGUUUCUGGUCCUCCAGUUGCUUCAGAUUCAGUUGCUUCUAACUCUCCUGCUGCCUCGGCGCCUGGUUCAGACUCUCCUCCGUCCGCGGUCUCGCAGCACGGCACCCAAAAGGUUGAGUCUCAGACUCCCACACUCUCUUUCACCCAAAGCCCGUCUCAGACACGAGUUCCGCCCCCCAACCAGGCCAACUCCGCUUCGAGCACAAAAAUAGCUGCAUCUCUUCUUCUCCUUCCUUUGUUGGCUUUUAUUUAA